UGUAGGAGUUAACUAACUCCAGAAGAUGGCAGUAGUGCAACAUUAAUGAUGCAAGCUGCCCUCAAAACCCAAUGAAGAAGAAGAAGAAAAACCCCGGGAGGGCAAUCGCCAAUAAACUCUGAAGAAGAAGACUAAGACGAGAGCGACCCGAAGCCAAACUUAACUGACCUGAACCUAUCCGCUAUUCUCGAUUUUGCACUAGAAUCUGUGCUUGUCGAUUGUGGUUGAGGGAUAGAACGACUUCCGGUUCAACCGAGGACCGAGGAGUCGAGGAUAAGGGUGAUGGGAUUCAGCCUAUGUGAUGACACCUCCAUGGAUGACACCGGCAGGCGAUCCUCCAACGCCAAUAAACGCAUAGAAGAAGAAGAAGAAGAAGAAGUUGAGCAGGCAGAAAACCACGCCGAGGGAACUUUUUAAAACAACUAGAUGGAGGUAUCAAGAAGAAGGAUCCUCCAAAAACAUCUGGAGCCUGCAAGACCCCUGCGCCGCUGCAUUCAUGUUGACAGUGAGCCCAAAAUAAAUGCUGCUACAUGUGGACAGGCACUGAUGGAGGAAGAGGAUCAAGAGGCAAAUAUCGGCAUAGAGCAGUUCUACAGGAUUGUCAACCUCCACAAACAGAAAGAAGGCAGAAUAUCUUACACAAGAGAAUUUUUAAUUGGUCUGGCAAGUUCUCCUGAGGCCAGGAAGAAACCAAAAUUCUUGCCAGAGCACCCCAUAGUCCUAAUGGAGGCAAGAGAUCUUGGGCACCUAAGGCUUCAUGAAAUGAGAUGGAAUGGGGGAAAAGAAGACAUGGACGCAGAAAGGCUUCACUCGCCUUAAAACAUUUGCACAGGUGUUCACUGCCCAAAGAGUGUUUCUGAUGUUUUUUUUGCUGAGAAAUGAGUGAAUUUAAUUUAACUUGUGACAUUUAAAUUUGCAUGUUCAUUAUUUUUGUUUGAGACUGAUAAGUUUGCAGUGAAGUUGCACAAAGUAAUAAUACUAAACACCACUUUAUGUGCUUAAGUAUGAGUAUUGCAUGUUUACAUUUUCUACUGUAAGAUUUUGGCUGGAGUGUAUUAAGUAUUUAAAUUUUGUAAAAAAAAAUAAGACAUAAAACAUUAA